GAAUAUCUGCAUAAAAUGAUUCACGACAGAGGAAACGCUGCUCAGAGGGGCUGCCGUGUGGACUCGUGCGCGCACAUUAUCACCCAUUCUUCAGGCAGGGGGCGGGAGAGAGAAACUGUGGAGCGGACCAGCAGCGGACUCCUGGAAACUCGCUGCGCUCCCCUCACCAGUGCCAGCGCCACCAAACACCACCGCUGCGUAAUCAGGCAGGUCCAGGGCUGAGGCGCACCGAGCUCUGCUUAUUGAUAAGACUCCUUGGAAGGAGAGGACCGCAGACGAGCGUGCGACGUUACUCGAGACGUUCAAGCCUGUACGCUUCACGGUUAAAGAGACCCCCCGCCCCCCCAGGAGAGAACUGGAUUUUUUUUUUUUAAUUGAUCGUCUUUGGAAUAAUUGAAACUUUACUUUUUUGCUUUACUUUUUUUUUUUUUUUUUUGUUCCUGCCUGAGAAGUUCCGAUCGUUGUUGUUUGGAGAUGUCCUUUAAAUAAUUGAUUACAUAUAGUCGGCUUUUAGCAGCAGAAAGCGCUUAAAUAGAGAAGACUGAAGAAUAGUAACAACAAUUUGGAGCUUUUUUUAAAAGUUUUUUUUUUCUUUUUCUUUUUUUUUUUUAAUCAAGCAAGGAGGAACUUUUUAAAUUUCAAUUUGUCUUCAUUUUGCCUUCUUCUUCUUCUUCGUCCUCCUCCUCCUUCUUCUUCGGAUAUCUCUGCUGGAGAGACCACAGUGGGGACGGGCGGUCCACGCGCGCGCAGUCCCGCAGGGCGAGCCGCUGUCCCCCCGCGCGCAGUGCUGAGCAGAGAGGGACUCUCGCGCCUCCAUAAAUGCCCGGUCCGUCGAAGAGGCUCGAGGCUGGGCAGCAACAUGAGCUCGUGGGUGCUGCUGCUGCUCGCGUUGCUGGCGGCGUGUCUGCGGUUUGGCGUCGCCGAGGGGGACCCUCUGCCUGCAGCCCUGGUGGAGCUGGUUAGAAACAGCCCCAUCUCCUCCAUAGAGGACCUUCAGCUGCUGCUGCUCACUGACUCCGUAGAUGAGGAGGACGGGACUUCUGCAGCCAGUGGAGGUCACAGACUACCAAGGAGCCUUGAUGCCCAGCCGGCUCAGCAGGCUCUGUGUAAAGUUCGAACAGAGGUGGUAGAGGUUACCAGGGCGAUGUUGGACCGUAGCAAUGCUAACUUCCUGUUAUGGCCGCCCUGCGUCGAGGUGCAGCGCUGCUCUGGCUGCUGUAACACAAAGAGUCUACAGUGUGUCCCUGUUGUCACGCACACCAGAUACUUACAGGUCAUGAAGAUUGAGUAUAUCAACAAAAGACCCACUUACGCUAAAGCAGUGGUGUCAGUGAUUGAUCAUGUGGAGUGUCGAUGUCAGCCCGCUCCACGUCCUCCUGUGCCCAAGAAGAAAUCAUCACGCAGACAGCACAGCCACCAGCAUCGAAACCAGACACUCGGACAUGAGCAGGUCAAGGUGCACUCUAAAGAUGAACUCCACCAGUGGGAUGAGCUGAAGCAAAACCAGAGGGCCCACCUGGAGGAUCUCCUGGAGCAGCAGUGGAGCCCCAGAGGAGACACAUUCACUCAGCCUGAGGAAGGCUACAGCCUGACAGGGGAGGAUGCAUCUCGCUCUGGAGAGGGCAUCAUUUUUGGUCCACACUUGGCACAUAACUCCACCAGGCUCCUUGGGACUAAAGACCAAACUGAGAAUCCAGAGAAUGUCGAGAGGAUCUCAGUUGGUAACAAGACUGUUUCCUCACUGGAUAAUGAUGGCGUUGAGGAAAACGACAAGGUGGUGGAAGGUGGGGAUGGGUUGCUGCACAACAGGACUGAAGGGACAGUUAACAAGGGAGGAAGGAGCAGGGACGAAGGCACACAAACACAGAGUCCAUCAUGGCAAGAAGACAAAUCCAACAAGUUCAGGCCUACUGAGGCAGCCAGUGAGGGAGUGGGGAUCAGGUUCAAACCGACCAAAGAGCCAAAUCCAGAGCCUCGAGAACAGGCGAGACGGAGAGACAAUGAGACUCCUGACGAAGUGAGGAUAUUACAGAUUGAGGAGGAAAAACUGGAGCAGGAGAGAAAAGAGCUCCUACUCCUCCACAAGAGGCUUGACCAAGAGAAGGAGAUACUGAGACAGCAGCAGAUGAAACGAGAAGAAGAGGAGAGGCAGCGAGCAAAGGAAGCUGAUGGUCAGCAUCACCUGCAUGGUAAACAUCAUCAUCAUCUGCAAACAAUAACUACACAGAAACCAGUGACAACAACCACUACCACGACCACACGGCUGCCAUCAGCUCCAGCAGGACCCAGACCCCCGGCCCGUCCACGGAGGAGGAUGAAAAAGAAUCGCAAACGGAUCAGCAAGGCAGCUAUGAGAGCGAUGCUAAUGUAGAACUCAAACAAACCCAGGGACACAAAGUGAACUUGGUGUAUUUCAUGGAUCCAGAGGUGAAGAAGAGUGACUCCCUUCAUAUAAGUAUUUAUUCACUUGUCAGUAACCUGCUCGUCCUGUGAGGUCUCCUCUGUAACACUACUAAUGUCUGUCUGCUGAACCUGUAACCACACCUGUAUGGAGUACGGCAAGGGGAAGGAGAAGAUGGAAUAUAAAUGAAAGGUGGACCUUGCUGAGAGAACACUUGCCUCUACAACGACAGCUGUGGGUAUGAAAUAAAGAGUGGCAGCCGAAGACUGAUGAAUUGUGUGCAAGCACAGAAGCUGUGGGGGACUGAAAUUGGAUCGCUGUAGAACUGUGGAAAACAGUGCAAUUUCAAAAUUCUUCUGGAAACCUUGUUUUGAUAUCAACAGAGAGAAACUGCACUUAGACUUUGACAGAACUGCAUCUAUAUGAGGUUUGAAUGACAAAAUUUGUUGCUGAAAGACUUUGUGAUAACCACAAACAUACUGGACAACAAAGUGCAUUCGGUGGAAAAAUGGACAUGACAAUGGACAGAACUCUUUUGUGUUAUUGAAGAAUCUGUUGUGUUCUGAUAAUCUUAGAAACAAUCAUCGAUAGACUCCAACAGUAGGUAAUGUUGACUGAAGUGAGCAGUAUUUGUGAUGUGUGAUAGACACACAAGACACGCUCAGUGUUGGGAAGAUAAAGCUGUGUAGAUUCAAAGGCCUGAUAUCAUUUGUUAGCUCUGCAAGACAGCGAUGGUUUCACUUUAACCAUAUUUAAUUAUAUUUAACUAACUGCAAACACUGGAAUCACAUGGAUGUGAUUAGAGAAAAAAAACAUCAAAUGUUGCAUCAGUGGGUUUUUUUUUUUUUACUUUAAAAAAUCUCAUCACAAGUGUGAAGAAAAGGGUGCUGUCUGAAUACUUACAGUGAUAGUGUUACACUUGUGACCUGACAUCAGGCUUUGUUUUUAUUUAUUUAUCUCUACCAUUACUGUGGAUUAACUUUCUAUACAAAUACUGCAAACAAGGUGACACGUGGUUGAGAUAUAAUCCAUCACAAGGGCGGAUAGGUGUAAACAGAAAAAGACGAUAAGUUUUAAGAGAAGAUGAAAACCUCGUGUGACCUCCCAGGAUCAUGCAUUGUUGAUCUUCUAUUUAAAAAAAUGUGUGCACGUGUUUGUUUUGUACGCGUAGGUGUGUGGUGUAGUGUGUGUAUGGACUUGUUUCCACACCUACACAUUUGUCAUGCAUCUCAGUAAUCAUGUAGAGGCAUCUAUCUGUUUCAUUCUUUCAUAAAGACAUGUCUUUUUUCCCCCACAGAUUUGUUUGUGAUAGAAACAAUGAACAACAUUCCUUUUAAACUGUGGGAGCACUUCCCUGCGACACACAUUUUCAAGUGGCCCCACCUUAUUUGAUUUAUUAAUCUCUAACACAUUGUUUUGACGUUCCAAUUUCAGGAAACAAAAAGAGUCAAAACAAGUCAAUCACUACUUAAAAAGGACAACGAAAAGACAUCUUUUCCAAAUGUACUUUUUGUUUUCAUGUCCUUAAUAUUUCCAUUAGUUACCACACAUAGUAACACACUGGUGAUGCUACUAGUCUCCAAUAAUCCAUUAUCAUCUGAACAUCUUAAAUUAUUGAAAAAACGGCUUGUACGUUUUUCAUGCCAACUUACAACUGUUAUUGAUUUUGUCUGUUUUAUUAUAAGAAGUGUUGAAAAAAAUGUGUUUGUGAUAACUUUGCCAUCUAAUGCUAUUUUCAUAUGGGUAUAAGAAGCUAAUGUGCUUAAAUCUACUUUGUUUUGUGUUUUCAUUCCUUUUCAUCUAGUUUUUCCUUGUAUAUAAAAGGCCAAAGUUUUGUCAUAUGCAAUUCAGAAAAACUGUCUGGCUUGGGAUGUCAGCAUGUAAGUCUACAGUCAUGCUAGCAGCUCCAUGAAGUUGUAUUUUCGCUCAGCGGUACUUUUAGCUCAAAGCUCACAUAGUACAAUGUAGUUCAAUGCUAAAAUGCUAAUCCCAAUCAGUUACAGUGUUUAUGCAUUUUAUAAGCCUAGUUUAUCGUGUUAGCAUGCUAUAAUUAGCUAAUUAGUAACAGACACAAUGUACGCCUGAGGUUGAUGAGAAUGAAGUACAACCCAACAAUUGCCA